AUGAGUGCUGAACAGCCCCAAACCACUGGAACCAGCAGCAAAUCUAAACGGCGAUUGACGGAUAUAGAAGAGGAUGGUAAGGGGACGGGGGAACCGAAACGUCAGCGGGUUUCACGUGCUUGCGAUAGUUGCCGGUCGAAGAAGGACAAAUGUGACGGAAUACAACCGGUAUGCUCGACCUGUGUAUCGCUCUGUCGCCCCUGCACCUAUAAGACCAACCCGAAGAAGCGAGGUCUACCCACAGGUUAUAUUCGAUCACUGGAGUUGCUUUGGGGCCUGGUAUUUCAAAAGAUUCGAGGCAGUGAAGAUGUCAUCCGAGCUUUGAUGCGGUCAAUCAAUCUUCCGAGUCACUUAGCCAUGAUAGGCAAGGAAGCAGAGGGAUCGGAUACCUUGAUGGCUUCCUUCAAAAGCAGUGCCAUGCUUCGAGACAUUGAACGCGUUCUGGUAAUACUGGAACAGCCGGAAGAGGAAAGAGAGCAAAGCCUCCAGGUAUAUGGCGAGGGUGGGGCACCUCUGGAAACCAGCGGGACUCUCUCUUCCACAGAAGCACAAGAGUGGCACCUACCAGAAUGUAUAGAAGCCCGCGAAGCACCAUUGCCAGGCUUGUCGCCUAGUCGGAUAGCAAUGGGCAUAUCUCCUAUGCUAAUUCCUAGGCCACACCCGACUAGAGACUGUGGCGUCCAAGCAAGUAAAUCGGAUGACCUAUCCUCGUCAUCUUCUACGUUCCAACCAAGCUCCGAUGACUCUCGAUCACAAUCAAUGAGGACUCUUCUCCAACUCCCCUCUAACGCAUGGCCGCUUUUUGAUAUUUAUUUUUCCUACACCCAAUGCUGGUUCCCCAUACUCGAAAAACAUGACAUACUCCGCACUGCUUUCCAGUACACCGAAGGCGAUGUGCAUGUAUCAAGCAUAGCGCCGGGGUCUGGGGAGCACGCAGCUUUGUGGGCUGUCCUCGCUCUCGCCUCGCUCCAAGAUGCUUCGAUCUUGGCUACUAGACAGAUAAGUGAGCCAGUCGAAAGUCAGAUGGAGCCCUCAAAAUUAUAUACCACGGCCAGGCGGUUGAUUCCACCAGAUAGUGGCCCUUACGAAUUUGGACACGUGCAAGCACUGCUAAUUCUGGGUCUCGUUAAACUUGGACAGCAAGAAUGGACUGGUUCCUGGAUGCUCAUUGGUCAGGCUGUGCGGGUUGCGCAUAUAUUGAACCUCGGCCGGUCUUCACCUUUAUCAGCACCGAACACACUUGACCAAGCAAAACAGCCCGGGAGAGCAAAGCAUGUCUUUCUGGGUUGCUUUAUUCUUGAGACCCUGAUUGCAGGCUUAACUUCACGAUGUCCAUCACUGCGAAAGGCAGACUUGGCGAGGAUAGGAAAUAUUGAUGAGGAUGGCCUCGAGGAAUGGCAUCCUUGGGAAGAUCAGACUGGACUACGUCCCGCUCGGUCUUCACGUGCAUCUAUGCAGCGCGGCCCUCUCCACGCGUUAAGCACUUUCAACCGUCUUGUCAGGCUCGUUUCCAUUUUGAAUGAGUUUUGCUGUUGCAAGUACGACCCAACAAUAUCUCGGUCCCAACUGGAGGAAUUGGAGUUGCAACUACAGCGCUGGGCCUCAGCAAUACCCAAAGGCUACCGCGUUGACCUGCAAAGUCAUCCUUUGAGACUUUCUUCCCCACACAUCUUCGGGUUAGAAAUAACAUAUGAGAGUAUUGUCAUUGCUCUCAGUUCUCAAAUUGCUAUUCACGAAUAUACCCAGAAUCUGCCGGGGCUUCCUCACAAGAUCCGAGCCUUGGAAAGCUCACAGAGGCUUCUGCAACUCCUUCAAGUUUACAUGGAGACAUUCAGCUUCUCAGCCACCGCGCCAACCUUUGGCAUGAUGCUCCAAUUCAGCCUUCCGCCGUCCUUCGAUCGGGAUCCUCCGUCGGACCUUGACACAGGGUUACGAAACAAGAUCCAAACUAUUUCUUCCCAGCUUUCUGUUUUGUGGAACAUGUCAGACAGUCAAGCUGCUGGCCAGAAUAUUUCCCAAGGGACUCAUAUCCCAAUUGAUUCACCUGUAAUCUCACAGCACGCCGAUUCCUCCACCAGUGAAGAUAUUAGAGUAUUGUCACGUCUCCCAAUUGCAACGGAUUCACAUCAUAUUCCCUCAACCAAUGCACCCCAACGCAGCAAUCGUGCUAUGACUCCCCUUGCAGAGCAAUAUAUCACGGCGCCUUGGGUCAGAACCACACAACACGUCGAAGAUGUAUCUCUUCUCCCCACACUGUCAUCUCUACCCUCCACCAGGGGUGCAUCCGGAGCUUCCACACAGCGGGGCCAUCCAGAUGCUUCUAUUCUAAGCGGAAUUCGUCAUCACACAUCUACGCCAAGAGAAUCCCACAAUGGUGCCGGGAUACUCGCCGAGGUUUCUCCAUCAUACCAUCACACUGCACAAUAUCACCCAGCAGUAUAUUCGGAUCCAUCGCUUGGUAUUGGCUCCUUUGUGAAUAUAGGUGGCUAUGAGCCUCUACGGAGGCAGCGGAUCGCCCCCGACCUUGAUGCAUUAUUUGAUGAGCUAGCAUCAUUAGAUGGUGCCGAGAAACCAGAUAAUCAACCGGAGUUUAUGCAGAACCUGGGUUUCGUUUCUCAUGCUGGCAUUCCUGAGCUCUACUCUUUUUCCGAUCAGAUCGAGCCUUUCUUGCCAGCACAAACCCAGCAGAUACCGAAUAAUAGUACUUCCUCUGGCCUGGGUCGAGAACGCAAUCUUUGA